AAAACAACCUGGGUGCCGAAGAGGAGGGGAGAGAGAACAGAGAUGUGGAACUGAGCGAUGCUGCAUGAGGGUGGGAGGGAUAGAGACAGAGAAACGGAGAAAAGCGGAUGAGGUGAAAAAGAAACGUAAGGCACAAGAGGGAACAGACAGCCGGAGCGGCACAUAGACAGACGGAGGUAAAGCAGGGGAUGGAGACUCCUCACUCCGACCGGCAACCAUGACAACGGAGGCAAGCACAAGCCAAGCCCCCUGUACCAUUACGGCACCAUUAAGAGGGCUAUGAACCUCGACAGACAACGGGGAAGAUUACAAAACACAUGAAAAGAAGAUACUGAGAAUAGCAUCCUUGGCGUGAAACAAAUCAGCUUUUAUUUGAACAAACCUGGAUUCAUUUUUAUUGUGUAUGGAUUUUUUUUUAUCUCUGUAGAGAUGAGAGGUUGAAUACUGACCAAAGCAAACAGCUGGAGACCACAAUGUGACCCAUCAAUGGAGCACCUGUGAUGGGCUUAAUACCCCUCAAUGGUUGCUCUCUGGAGCGUGUGAUCAGGUGACGGACUAACCGACUCCAAAAUGAAAUGAUCUUGAAAUUCGCUGGGAGAAGCAGAAGACGCCAGCUUGCCCUGGACUCUGGUCAGCCUGUGCCACCACGUCUUUAUGAAACCAAUGGCGCAGCUGUACUACAAUAAGGCCAGCAACUCGCCGUACCGCGACCGCAUUCCGCUACAAAUCGUCCGGGCGGAGGUCGAGCUGUCCGCCAAAGAACGGGCUUACCUGACCGCGGUGGAGAAGGGCGAUUAUGCUGGAGUUAAACAGGCUCUGGAGGAGGCAGAGAUUUAUUACAACAUUAACAUCAACUGCCUGGACUCGCUGGGCCGUAGCGCCCUACUCAUUGCCAUAGAGAAUGAGAACCUGGAGGUGAUGGAGCUGCUGCUGAGUCACGGCGUGCACAUGGGUGACGCGCUCCUCUACGCCAUCCGAAAGGAGGUGGUGGGAGCUGUGGAGCUGCUGCUGUCCUACAGGAAGCUUACAAGCGAAAAACAGGUACCUUCUCUCAUGAUGGACACCCAGUUUUCCGAGUUUACACCUGAUAUCACACCGAUCAUGUUGGCUGCCCACACCAACAACUAUGAGAUAAUCAAGCUCUUGGUCCAACGAAAAGUCACUAUCCCCCGACCUCACCAGAUCCGCUGUGACUGCGUGGAAUGCGUUUCCAGUUCGGAAGUGGACAGCCUGCGUCAUUCCCGUUCACGGCUGAACAUCUACAAAACCCUCGCCAGCCCCUCUCUCAUCGCCCUGUCCAGUGAAGACCCCAUACUCACGGCCUUCAGGCUGGGCUGGGAACUGAAGGAGCUCAGUAAGGUGGAGAAUGAGUUUCGGCAGGAAUACGAGGAGCUAUCGCAGCAGUGUAAACUCUUCGCUAAAGAUCUACUAGAUCAGGCGCGCAGUUCACGGGAGCUGGAGACCAUCUUGAACCACCGGGAUGACCACAGUGAUGAGCUGGACCCUCGCGAGUGCAGAGACCUGGCCAAGCUUAAACUGGCCAUUAAGUACCAUCAAAAAGAGUUUGUAGCUCAACCCAACUGUCAGCAGUUACUGGCCACACUGUGGUAUGAUGGUUUUCCAGGCUGGAGACGACGUCACUGGGCAGUUAAGCUGGUCACAUGCUUUAUCAUCGGACUACUUUUUCCCAUCUUCUCCGUCGUGUACCUUCUGGCUCCAAAAAGCAUGCUGGGACUCUUCAUCAAGAAACCUUUCAUCAAGUUCAUCUGCCACACUGCAUCCUAUCUGACCUUCCUCUUUCUCCUUCUCCUCGCCUCACAGCAUAUCGUGGAAACCGAUCUGCAUGUACAGGGUCCUCCACCUACCAUUGUAGAAUGGUUGAUUUUACCCUGGGUUCUGGGCUUCAUCUGGGCAGAGAUCAAGGAGAUGUGGGAUGGAGGUUUCACAGAAUACGUCCAUGACUGGUGGAACCUGAUGGAUUUCGCCAUGAACUCUCUUUAUCUUGCCACAAUUUCUCUUAAAAUGGUGGCUUACUUUAAGUACAACAGCUCUCGUCCUCGUGUGGAUUGGGAAAUGUGGCACCCCACUCUCAUUGCUGAGGCUCUCUUCGCCAUCGCCAACAUCUUUAGCUCACUGCGUCUCAUCUCACUCUUUACCGCCAAUUCUCACCUGGGCCCUCUGCAGAUCUCUCUUGGCCGAAUGCUGUUGGACAUCCUGAAGUUCCUCUUCAUCUACUGUCUGGUGCUGCUGGCCUUUGCCAACGGCCUCAACCAGCUUUACUUCUACUAUGAGACGCAGGCGGUCGACGAGCCCAACCACUGUAAAGGGAUCCGCUGUGAGAGACAGAACAAUGCCUUCUCUACGUUGUUUGAGACCCUUCAGUCUCUCUUCUGGUCUGUGUUUGGCCUCUUGAAUCUGUAUGUCACCAAUGUCAAGGCCCGUCAUGAGUUCACAGAGUUUGUGGGGGCCACAAUGUUUGGCACGUAUAACGUCAUCUCGCUGGUGGUGCUAUUGAACAUGCUCAUUGCCAUGAUGAACAACUCUUACCAACUCAUCGCUGAUCAUGCAGACAUUGAGUGGAAAUUUGCUCGCACCAAGCUGUGGAUGAGCUACUUUGAUGAAGGAGGAACGUUACCUCCACCCUUCAACAUCGUACCCAGUCCAAAGUCUGUUUGGUACCUGUGUGUGUGGCUGCACUGCCGUCUGUGUGGACAUGGAGAGUCCAGACAAGAGGACGAGUGUAAACACGAGAACUUUCGAGAAUUUACGGAAAGACAUGCAGAUAACCUCCUUCAGAACCAGCAUUACCAGGAGGUGAUCAGAAGCCUGGUGAAGCGCUACGUUGCGGCCAUGAUCCGCAGUGCCAAAACAGAUGAAGGUCUGACGGAGGAGAACUUUAAGGAACUGAAGCAGGACAUCUCCAGUUUCCGCUACGAGGUUCUUGACCUGCUGGGUAAUCGUAAAGCAGCACACCGCACCUACUCCCCCAACAGUGAAGACACUCAACACGACGAACCAGCUGAGCCCGAGGAACAGAGAGAGGAGAGCGGUGGCGAUGUAGGAAACAGAUGUGGGCCUUGGGGAAGGUCCUCCAGAUCCGAGGCAUCUACCUCCUUCACUCAAUCCUACAGAGGCGGAGGAUCUCACUUCAGCGUAUCUGCCCUCUUCAAGUCCAUGGCGGGUACGGAAAGACGAGCUAGAGCCAGACCCGAAACCAACGGCCUGGGGAAAGACGUUUCUUCUUCGUUUGUCCAGACCAGCAACCGUCUGCAUCGGUUUUCACAUUCCAAGAAAGUCUCAUUGCAACGUUUGGGAACAAUGAUGUCACGUAUGAACGGACACUUGCCUGAUCCGCAGCAGUCCGCAUAUAGCAUCUCAGACAGGGUACCGCAAGCGGAUUGGUGCGGCCCCCGGGCGCUGUCGGAGUUAACAAGGAGUGAACUGCAUCUGCACACGCUGGGACUGAGAUCCACAGAGACUGAACAGAACCUGAUGCAGUCCACAUCUCAACAGGCAAAUGGCAUGGACAGCCUAUUCCUCGGGCCUCCCGGACACUCGCUGCACCGUGCUUCCGGUCUGACCGCCUCCAGUGCCCGGCUCCUGGCCUCCAGUGAUGGCCUGUGCCAGAGCUGGAUGGAUCACUGUGACAGUUUUGGUUCUUCGAGCUGGGAACAAGAGGAAUCUGUUACCACCCAGCUGUAGAUGUGCUACCGUCACUACUGUAUGCAGAUUUCGGGUUUGAAGGAACAAUGGCAAAUGGUCUGUGACCGUCAUAUUCAAUAUUAUUUUAUAAGUAUGCAAUUAGCAAAUAAGUAGACUAUUUUCAAAACACUGGAAAUUUACAUUUAAAGGUGAAUUGGGUAAUUUAAUGUAUGCUGCCUUUACAUGCUAUCAGAAAUUUCCUGCUUACCCCUGCUGAAGUAAGGAUUAACAGUUCAUCAUGCUCAAGUGCUUUGUUGUCAUAAGGAAUUACGAAUCAUUGAGGUCAACUUAAAAUGUUUACAAGAUUGGAUUCGGACUAAAAUGCAUCCGACAAAUACAUGCCAUUUCAGCUGUGUAUUACACAUACAGUGGCAAGAAAAAGUAUGUGAAC